CUGCACAGUACGCACCUCCGUUCAUUUUCCCAAUUUCGGACUCCAAAUUUCUCCUAAAUUACCAUUCAAUGCCACUCCUCCUCUUCCCCCUCACUCUCUCUCUCCAUCUCCACUGUGAAAUCUCCGAUCUUCCGAGCUUUCUCACUGCAACUCACGCUCGCUUCCUCCGCCUCUCGAGCUCAGCUCCGCAAUAAUGGCGGUUCCUCCGAGCUCAAUCUCUCUUCUCGUCUAGUUUUCAACGCACUUGGGAGCUCAGUUCCUUAAUGGCGGUUCCAUACCUCUGAGGACUCUCCAAGCUUUCAUCUUUCUAAGUGCUCUCACACUCCUACGCAGCACUUCACGAUUGGUAGAAAACGGAGCCGAAAUGCCGACUCGUAGCCGUCGAAUUUGUGCACCGAUUGGCCGUCGGUUUCAGAUCUAUCGGUAGCUGAGCUUCGUUUCGGCGACGACUGCGACGCAGUGGUGGUUGGAAAUUAGGUUUUAGAUAUUUUAUUUCAUUUACUAUCGGUGGACUUAGCGUUUAUGGCGAUGAAUCGGAGUUUUAGGGCUCAGGACUCGCAAAUGCAAGCGAUGAUUAAGCAGAGGCAGCAGCUCAGAGCCUCUGUGAGGAAGGAGAAGGAAGAAGAGCUCGCUUUGUUCCUAGAGAUGAAGAAGCGCGAGAAGGAACGGAACGAUCUUCUUCUUAACAGCUCUGAAGAGUUCGAUGCACCAUUAGGGACGAAACCCGGAACUUCUCCCAUUUUCAAUAUUUCCUCAUCAACGCCGGCACCUCCACGCAAGACCGGUGCUGAUGAUUUUCUCAAUUCUGAGAAUGACAAGAAUGAUUAUGAUUGGCUUUUAACUCCACCCGGGACUCCUCUUUUUCCUUCGUUGGAGAUCGAAUCGCAUAAAACCGUAAUGAGUCAACUUGGAACCCCAAAGGCUCGUCCCACCGCACUCAAAUCUAGAUUAGCAAACCCCCAGCCGGAGCCUGCUGCUAGGACCAGCUUAGUGUCUAGACAAUCAACUUCUUCCCCUGGGUUGAGUUCUUCAAAUUCAGGGACCCGGAGGCCUUCAUCGUCCGGGGGUCCAGGAUCAAGACCUGCAACACCAAAUGGAUGCCCCACGUUGCCUUCAGCACCUAGACCUUCAAGAUCGUCAACCCCUACUUCUCGAUCAACCUUGCUGUUAAACAAGUCCAUAAAUUCUGCCCCUAAGUCUAUGGUUCCCACAACUCGAUCCACACUUCCUGCAAAUAGAUCGACAACUCCUGCAACUAAAUCUACAGUUCCUUCAAGAUCCUCUACACCAUCAAGAUCCUCUACACCAUCAAGGUCUACAGCAAGAUCUUCAACACCAACUUCCAGACCCACUGUACCCCCACCCAAGCCUGCAUCAAGAGCAUCAACACCAACUCGUCGACCGUCCAUGCCAUCCCCUACCCCUAGUGUAUCAGCUCCUCUGUCAAAGUCCUCACCUUCAAUUUCCAAGCCAGCUCCUGCAGCAGCAAGAAAUCCAGUGCCAUCACGUGGUGCAUCCCCAACAGUAAAAUCUAGACCAUGGAAGCCCUCAGAAAUGCCUGGUUUCUCACUCGAGGCCCCGCCAAAUUUAAGGACAACACUUCCUGACAGACCACUUUCAGCCACUAGAGGUAGGCCUGGAGCACCCAGUUCUCGAUCAUCUUCCGUUGAGCCUGGUCCUAAUGUAAGACCAAGACGGCAAUCAUGCUCUCCUUCAAGAGGACGGGCUCCCAAUGGCAUUAGUCAUGCUAGUGGGAGCUCCGUUCCUGCAUUCAGUCGUGGACAUUCUAAAGUUAAUGACAACGUGAGCCCUGUUUUAAUGGGAACAAAAAUGGUCGAGAGGGUAAUAAAUAUGCGCAAACUGGCACCACCGAAGCAAGAGGACAAACAUUCUCCUCAUGGUAACCACUCCGGGAAGUCAGCUUCAUCCCCAGACAGCUCAGGCUUUGGUAGAUCACUUUCAAAGAAAUCCCUUGAUAUGGCUAUACGCCACAUGGAUAUAAGGCGAUCCAUUCCAGGUAAUUUAAGACCGUUGAUGACAAAUAUUCCUGCAUCCUCCAUGUAUAGUGUGAGAUCGGGGCCUGCACGAAGCAGAACAAUUAGUGUUUCAGAUUCUCCUCUUGCCACUAGCAGUAAUGCUAGUUCCGAAGUUAGCGUAAACAACAAUGGCCUUUGUUUAGACGGGAGUGAAGUAGAAGAUAAUGGCAGUGAGAGAGGUGGUCGAUCUCCUGCCAGUGUGCGCGGUAGGUAAUGUUUUGGGGGAGCUGCCAUCAUUCCACAUAAACUGCAUCUCUAAUCUACCACAUGAUUUUUCCAUCUUCGGUUUCAACCAUCUUGACAGUAAAAAAGAAAACCAAUUUUCUGAGACCCCUGACUGGAAUUGUGCCUCAGUGCUUCACGUAAAGUGUACCGAAAUGCUGGUGGUGUUGUAAUUCAUGAUAUUUGUAAUGUUAAGAAAUCUGGUUAUGUACCAAACAGCCUUUCGUGGCUCGCUUUCUACGGAUACUUUGUUGAAAAACCAGAGAUCAUAUUAGCCUCUCA